GGGCGAGGGUGCGGGCGGUCGCGGAUGGGCUCUGCCGCCCCCGGGACGCGCUGGCGCUGCCGCCCGGCGCCGCCGCCCGGCCGGCACCUGCUGCCGGCAGGUGGGAGCCCCGCGGCCGCGGCAGGCGAGCGCCGCUGUGGGGCUGGGGAGCGUCUGCCCGGCCGGGCGGUACCUGAGAGCUGUCCCCAGCCUCGGCGGGGACGCUGCCUCAGCCCUCCGGACUCACCGGGUCAGGCUCUGGGAGGCAGCGCUGACGGUGGGGUAGGAGAGAAAGCGGGGGGCGAAGGAAAGUGUACGGCAGCACCUGGCCAGGUGCGGCUUCUGGGCACUUUCUUCAUCUUCUUUCUCUUGUGGCAAAAUGAGAAGCGCAAGUAAGGGCAGAGUGGCAGGGCUCUGGAAGCGGGGCGCCUGCCUGACGGGAGAACACUUGCAAAAGAGCUCUGCUGAGCAUCUUCGAUCCGCUCGCUCCCUAGCAUAAUGCUGGAGCCGGUGGGAUGCAGCGCGCUGAACUGGAACCUGGCGAGCUGCGUAGGGCUGGGGGCACAGUGGUCCUUGGGGCUCGGCAGGAGGGCACAAAGCCUUAAUUGGAGCUCGCUUCUGUUUUGAAGGACUGUCACCCUAGAGUAGUACAGCAAAGGCUUGGUUACUGCAGUUCUCGGUGUGCUUUCCUAGGAUAAAGGUGUGUGCAGCUCAAAUCUUUUGAGGGUAAAAGGAUGCUGAUAGGAAGGGGUGGUAGCCUUCAGAUGGAAGAGUUUGGGUUUGGUCUCAUCUUCCAGCCAGACAUGCAAAAGAUCAGGACGGGGCACACAGCUGAGUACAGGCAGUUCGAUCACCUUAGCUGACUGGGAAUUAAAGUACAUUAUUCUCCUUCCUUUCUCUGUCAGCGUAGUGGGUUAAGGGCUUUUCCAGUUUCAAGACUGUUCCUCUUCGGAUUUUGGUGUAAGGAAAAAAAAUACCUGUGAAGUUCUAGGAAUAUCAUGAUUGAAUGGCAUGGGGAUAGAACGUCUGCAGGGAGCAUCUUUCUGGCAUGAGAGAUCCAUGCAGUGCCCACUCCCACAGAGCGAGAGCCUCUGCAGUGUAUAUGGCAAAUGGAUCAUAGUAGAACACAUUCAGUUUGGUGAAUGCCUAUAUAUUCUCUGGCUAUCAAACUUAAUUUGUAAGUAUAAAUAUAAUAACUGUUGCAAUUUACAUCUGUCAGCAUUUGCUACACUCUCGAAUAAGUGAAUUUCUCACAUUGCUCACAAACGAGCACCUCACAGUAAGAGCACAGUCACUGACAUCAACUUCAGCUCUCUCCUGCACUCUCUCUCCUUUCAGGAUCCACCCUCUUUUUUUCUCCUCUUUCAAAAAUGCAGAGGGUUUUGAUACUACAUAACCAAAGUUACCUCUGGUAGGUCAGCAGGAAGGUUAUGCAUCUGAAGCAAGGCCAGCUGUUUGUUGCAGUGGAGAGACCCUAAUUUGACAGAGCAAAUUCCAGCCUCAGGAUUGCCAGGUUCCCAUCCGUGUCCCUCUUGUCAGGAUAUUACCUUGGUUAUUCUGAACCAGCCAUAUGCUUACACAGGCAUUACAGAAAACAGAAGGGUGGAAAACACUUUCUAGUACAUGUGUAUAUGUACGGAUUAAAAGAACUCUUCUGCUUUUCAUUAGAGGAAAUCAGAAAAUGUUUUUAUUAGUCUCACUAACCUGGGAUCUCUCCCCUCAUCUAGAAAUGCCCCUCACAACGUAUAAGAUAUUGGACCCCAAAAAUAUGUCAGAGCUGAUGGAUUUCCAUGAAAACUUUUGAUAAUGAGAAGAACAAAACUGCAGUAUGCUAAGGCAGACCAAGAUGGGAGAUCCUGCUGAUCAUCUCAUUUGUCAGUCCAGAACAUGAGGGUUCCCUCCAGCGAAGUUUUUGCUUGAGAAAUACACAUUCGCUCAGCAAAACAAAAACCACUUUUAAAAGUUGUCUUGGUGGAAAUCGCUCUAUGCCCUAUUACCUGCUUGAGUGAAACCAGACUAAGAACUUCUGUCAUGGCAGCUUUUCUGCUGGGAGCUGUGUUGCUUAUUGUUCAACCUCAGAUAGUGCCUUCCAGACCAGCUAUAAAUUCAAAUGCUGAGACUUCUUCUCAGUCUGUUCUGCUUUUAAAGAAAACCUCUCAGAAAAAUGACUUCAAGGAAAACAUUCAUUCUAAUGGAUCAUGUCAGCAGCUGCCACAGACUAUUAUUAUUGGAGUGAGAAAAGGUGGAACAAGAGCUUUGUUAGAGAUGUUGAGUCUCCAUCCAGACAUUGCAGCAGCAGAAAGUGAAGUUCACUUCUUUGACUGGGAAGAUCAUUACAGGAAUGGAUUGCAGUGGUAUAUUAAUCAAAUGCCAUUCUCGUAUCCCCAUCAGAUCACCGUGGAAAAAACUCCAGCAUAUUUCACAUCACCUAAAGUGCCUGAAAGAGUUUAUAACAUGAACCAAUCCAUGAGACUACUCCUUAUUUUAAGAGACCCAAGUGAAAGAGUACUGUCAGAUUAUACCCAAGUGUUCUACAACCACAUGCAGAAGCACAAGCCGUACCCCUCCAUUGAGCAAUUCCUGAUAAAAAAUGGUGAACUCAAUGUGGACUACAAGGCAAUAAACAGAAGCUUAUACUACAUUCACAUGCAGAACUGGCUGAAGUAUUUUCCUCUUGAUCAUAUCCACAUUGUAGACGGGGAUAAACUAAUCAAAGAUCCCUUUCCAGAAAUAGAAAAGGUAGAGAGAUUUCUGAAGUUAUCACCACAGAUAAAUGCUUCAAACUUUUAUUUCAAUAAAACUAAGGGAUUCUAUUGCCUGAGGGACAGUGGUAGAGAGCGCUGUUUACAUGAGUCCAAAGGACGAGCACACCCACAAGUAGAUACCCGGUUACUCGGGAAACUGCAGGAAUAUUUCCAUGAACCCAACAAGAAGUUUUUUGAGCUUGUGGGCAGAACAUUUGACUGGCACACGUUUGUGGCAAGUUAGUGGUAAGCUUCAGAACCUAUGUUUCAGUGUACAGUUAGAAGAUUUAAAAAGGGCAUUUAAGCUAUUAUUUAUUUGUAAAAUCCAUAAAUACUUCUGUACAGUAUUAGAUUCACAAUUGCCAUAUAUACUAGUUAUAUUUUUCUACUUGUUAAAUUUGAAAGCAUUUUGUAUUGUUUUUCAUGGUUGUUAACAUUGUGUAUGAUGUGUCUAUAUGAAGAAACUAAAUUAUUUCAUUGCAGAAGGUGCUCUCUUGAGAAUGUGUUGUCUUUUUAAUAAAUAAGAAAUUCAUUUCGACAGAACAUUUCUGAAUUAUUUGAAUAUUUUGGCCUUCCUGGACUAUUUUCUCUAAUUGCUAAUGAAUAUGCUAAAUUUUACCUUUCCAUUUUUCUUAGUUUAAAGUGUGGAUUAAUAAUCUCUUUUCCAUUUGAAAAUACUGUGGUAGUUAACAAAUUGUUCAAUCCUGCUUUAUGAAAUUAUUUCCUGUCAAAGUGGUGGUACUUACACAUGUUGGGAAGUGCACACCCAAAGGACAAUGGAAGUCUCUGUGUAAUUUGAUAUAUUAACUGCUAUACUUAACAUUCAUAUUCACUGUUAUAACAAGUGCUCCUCAAUUCUUUGGCAGUACAGUGCAGGUUUCAUGGCAGAUUUUUAAAGAUUCUGUGGGGACCAGCUCAUAAAAUACAGUUAGCUGUGGAAAUAUGGUCAACCUGAACACUUCCAGUCUCUGAAUGUAUGCAUACUUCAUAAAAAGGUAUGGUUGAGAGAAUUUAAGCAAUAUAGAGACUUUUUCAAGGCUGCUUGUGACUGUUCCUACAUUUCAUAGCACAUUUAUGCUUUACCAUCACUGAAAAUAAACACACCAGAAAAAUUAGUUGGUCUGCAUUCCAGUAAGCAGCAACUUCAUUCAUAUAAAUAUUGCCACAUUUGUUCCCUACUUAAGGCUGCUUUCUAUGAGUUUUCAGUCGCUUCAUGCAACUGAAAAUUGCCUAUGGACUACUGUUUGUUUAAUCUCCUUCCAAGAACCACGAAGCCAGGUCUUGAUUAGAUGCAUGUUGUGGGAUUAACCCAAAUUCCAGGAACUUGCCUUGUUUUCCAUCUGCUGAAAAUGGAAGUUAGAUGUUAGUACAUUGGUAAAAACUGCAGUUGUCCUUAUCUACAGUGGUUAUGAUGUCUUGUUAACUAUCAGUUUCUGGAGUUAGAGUUAAUCCAGUUUCCACACAAGGCUUCUCGCAGUACUUUCAAUCCAAGCUACUGAUUUUUAUUUCAUGAUCUUGAAUUUAGUUGUUGAAUGUGCAAUGGCAACACCCAGUAAAUUUGAACUUGUAGCUGAUUGUUACAAUCCUUUAUAAAAUUUAAAUGUAGACUCAUUCUUUUUUUUUCUUGUGAGCUAGUGCAAACUUGGGCACUAUGACAAGGUAUCGUCUGGAUGCAAAUAUCUCAUAUUAUGCCUCUUGCAUGAAAAUUUGCAGAUGCUGUCCCUCUCUCUCCCAUUCUUGUGCACCUGCCCAAGCUGUAUUCAACCUCAGAGAGGUUGGUGGUGUUUUAUAAAGCCUACAAUGAAAUGGUAUUGUACUCAAUAAAAUAUUUUCUGAAUUGCA